GCCCUAGAUGAGAAAUAAAAUGCAUAUAAGCAUAUAAACUCAAGCAUCUGGACUCUCAUACCUCUUUUUGUUCCGCAUCCACACCCAACCGUUCUUCUUUCUCCUGACUUCUUUCCAUGGAGCUCAUGUGAUAACUCGCCCUGUUCAAUCAGUAUGCGCCAUCACCGAGGAGAAACUCAACUUUCUUUUCAGGAGACCCCACCCUCGUCGACAACACCGUCCACCAUGGGCGUGAUCGAUACUUCAGUCGAACAUGGCUGGCUGGACAUCCACAAACAGCCUCAUGUGACGGCCAAGUCGAUCAACCGAACCAUGUCGCUCCACGUCACAUACAAGCAAGUCGCCAGAGCUCUUUCCACUUUGCGUGGCAUCGGUGCCGACAGUCAAGCUGGUGGUCACUGGGCGCCCGACAACGAGAUUGAAUCCGAGAUCCCUUGCACUCCUGUUCAACAAGGACUGCUGCUGAAGGAUCCGGAAGCGGCAAAGAGGGCUUCCAUCAUCCGUCUGGACCUCCCCACCGACAUCGUCAAGAGCUUCGACCAGCUCCACGAGGCAUGGCAUGCGCUCGCCUUGCAGCACCACAUGCUGCGGGCAACGAUUGCGGAAGACAAGACCGGUGACGGCUUCGUGCUGCGCAUCUUCAAGCAGCCGAGGAACAUUCAGGGCUCCUCCGAUGCCAACCUCCAACAUAUCCACUCCUUCGGUCUCCAAGGGCCCGCGAUGCCGGUCGUCGAAUGGGCCAGUGCCGGACCCUAUGUCUCUCUCUGCCUGCCGCAACUGGUCGCUGAUAGCACAUCACUGGGACACCUCUGGAGAGAUUUCUUAUGCUUCUUGUCUGGUGGGGUCCCAGCACCCAGGCUGCUCUUUCCACAUUAUCUAAGGCUUGUCAGGGGAAGAGCAAGCCAAAAGUCGGCCGAGUUCUGGGCCGACACUCUCCAGUCCCUUCCCGACCUGGUCCUCCACUCCUUCCCCCUGGAGCGAUCCGGCACCUUCCAGAACACUGCCGCGGCAAGCUCCGUUGCCAUCAGCGGGUCGUCGCUCCGAAGAUGUGCGAAACAACUGGGUGUUUCGGAACACGCCGUCGUGUAUGCUGCUCUGGGUUUGGUGCUGGAGCGACAUUGUAACCUGGGCAGCGAGGUUCACGAUAUUGCUUUUGUUGCCGAGGGGAGAGACAGAACUAUCGAGGGCCAUGGCUCUGUUAUUGGGUAUGCCGAUCAGGAAUAUCCAUUGAAGCUCCAUGUGAAGCCUGAGCUCACUGCAGCUGCAUUGAUCAAGGAGGCCGACCGUCUCAACACGUUGUCGGCAACACAUGCCUUCUUCGCCACUCCCGAACUCAUGGAUGCCGUUUCUGCAAGCAGUUUCAAGGUGUCUGUUGUUGUUGGAGAUGACGAAGUCUUGACGCCCUACUCUGGCAACAGCCACCACCUUGUGACCAUCGCGGUACAAAUUAGCCAUGCCGUAUCCAUUUCUGCACAACACGACGCAUCCAUCCCGCCAGAGAAGAUGACGGUGGUUCUUGACCAUCUCGUGAUGGCUCUGUCAGAAAUGGUCAGGCAUCCCAACUUCAGCCUUGGUGAGAUCGACAUCAUAUCUCCAGAAGAACUGGAUCUCAUGCUUGAGAUGGGCAAGCCCCUUACUCGGCCCGUAUACGACAACGUCCACAAGCUCUUCGAACGGCAGGUGCGCCUGACACCAAAUGCCCCAGCUCUCCAAUUCGAAGGCGACCGUCCUCUGUCCUAUGAUGAGCUGAAUCGCAUCAGCAAUCGGGUCGCCAGACAGCUGCCUGUGGGCAGGGGCUCCUUUGUUCCAGUUUGUCUGCAGAGAUCAGCAAGCCUCAUCAUUUCCCUCGUGGCCAUUCUCAAGACAGGAGCGGCCUAUGUGACCAUGGAUCCUGACACACCUCAGGACAGGAAUAACUUCAUUGUGGAAGAUGUCGGUGCCCAGGUUGUCAUUGUUGACAGAAACACAGCUGGCCGGUUCCCAGGUCGUGAGGUAAUAAUCGAUCAACUCAUCGCGGAGUCGGCCCAAGCUGACGAUACAAACCUGGACCGUGGUUGCGAACCUGACGACCCAGUUUACGUUAUCUACACAUCUGGGUCGACAGGGAAGCCAAAGGGCGUUCUUCAUAUUCAUUCUUCAGCAACUUCCGGCCUUGCAGCCUUCCCAACACUGCCUGAUCUUCGCCAACUCCUGUUCCACAACCCUGUCUUCUCGGCGGCCCAGCGUUCGGUAUGGUCUACUCUGAAGCAGGGCGGCUGCCUGUGUCUGGCUAGCAAGGACAACCUCACCGUCCACAUUGGGCGCACCAUCAACCAGAUGCAGAUCAAUGUGAUAGAUGUAACGCCUUCAACUGCCCUCCUCCUCACCCCCGGCACCGUCCCGUGUCUCAAGCGCAUGACAGUUGCUGGCGAACUGAUCAAUCCGGCACUGAUUCCAACUUGGGUUCACGAACUCGAGCUACUGAACGCUUAUGGUCUGAGUGAAAAUACCCAGGUGAACUGGAGGCGAGAGAUGGUCCUUGGCCAAAACCCUCAAAAUAUCGGCCGGCCAAGCGAUACCACCACCUCGUUCGUACUCGUCCCCGGCACAACACGCCUUAGCCCGCUCCUCGUCCCGGGAGAGCUCUGUCUAGGUGGCCACCAACUUGCACUUUACUAUAUCAACCGCCCAGAAAAGACGGCUGAGGCUUUCAUCGACAAUCCCUUUGGUCCCGGUCGUCUGUACCGGACAGGGGACAUGGUAGUCGCCCACGAGGACGGGUCGAUCGAGAUGGUCGGCAGAAUUGACUUUCAGGUGAAAAUCAACGGACAGCGUGUCGAGCCUGGGGAUUCCAACACAAUCUUACAGACCCACCCGGAUGUCACGAACUCCAGCGUGGUCGCCGCCGAGGUCGGCGGCCGCAAAGCACUCGUGGCUGCCAUUGUUGCGAAGAGGCCAGCUUUGGAAUGGCCGCGCUUGCGAACCGAACUCAAGGAGCUCCUGGCUCAGCAUAUUCCCAGUUACAUGAUGCCAACCUACUGGCUGUUGAGGCAGGAGCUCCCCCUCAACGUGAAUGGAAAGGUCGACAUCCCGCAGCUCACCAAGGACGUCCAGCGUCUUGAAAGGGCCACUCUUCUACGUUCCUCUACAGAUCAUCAUCUGGACCAUCACCAUGACUCGAACGGCGCCCCUCCAGAAGACGAAACCCUUAGCCACCUCCCACCCCAUACCCGCCGGCUUUGCGACAUUUUUGCCGAUAUUCUGAAGCUUCCUGCAUCACGCAUCGCCAACAGUAACAACACCUUCCAAGAACUUGGAGGCUCAUCUCUGGAUGCUAUCCAUGUUUCAACCAAGGCCUAUCAUGACGACAUCCAAAUCUCAGUCGGCGACAUACUUCGACUUCCUCUGCAUGCGCUGCUCAACCACGCGAAGCAAUCACACAACAACUCCCACUCGGACGUCCCGCGACUGUCACUGCUGCCACGAAACACCAGGAUAAGCAAGAUGGACGACGUAGAAGAUGCUUACCCGACUACCUCGUUACAGGAUACCUUCUUGGCCGACACACUGCAGGGCAAAUCAACCUAUGUUUAUCGCCGUUACUAUCGUCUGCAGGGCAUAUCGGUCCAGCAGGUCCGACUGACCUUGGAGGGUCUCAUUCCACGCCUGCCUUUGCUCAGGACAACGUUUGUACCGCACAAGACAUCCUUCCUCCAAGUCAUCAGAAAGAUGGCCGUCCCUUUAUCGUGGGAAGACCUUCCUCUCACAACGGCCCAUGAGUAUUCAGAGCUCCAGAAGAAAUCCAUGCAACUGGGUGGCAACUUUGUGCAGUUCGCCAGCCUGAAGGAUGACAUCUUGGCUGUCACCAUGCACCACGCCCUGUUUGAUCACUGGUCCAACAACUUUCUGAUCGACGACUUGUCAGCCGCGCUCAGUGGAAAGCAGCUUCCACAACGGCCAGGUUAUGCCAACUUUGUGCGUGAGGUCUUGAAGCUGCAGCAAGAGGAGCACCAACAGCUCGCGGCGUUUUGGCAGAAGAGGCUGGAUGGCGUUCCAUCAACAAUUCUCGGGCAGACGACCGGCCAGGCAGUCGCGGUAAACACAGUCAUCGCCCAUGAUGUUCAGGCCACUGCAGCAUCACACAAAGUGUCUGUUGGCUCCCUCAUCUACGCGGCAUGGGCUGUUGUGCUCUCCAUGCACUCGUCAAAGAACGACAUACUUUUUGGCGUCACGCUGUCAGGCCGUGACAUGCCCGUAGAGGGAAUUCUCGACAUACCUGGGCCUACGAUUGCGACAGUCCCCUUCCGUGUCCAGCUAGACUCCGAGACGUCUCUGAUCGAUCUCGCCAGGGCCAUACAAGACGACAUCUGGGACACCGCGCCAAAGGCUCAGUUCGGCUUGCGCAACAUCCUGAGAGAGGCAAAUCUAAGCUCCGAUCACUACGAUACCCUGGUUAAUGUGCUUAUCAAGGACAGCGAGGUCGCAGAGUCCUCGAGCCAAGACGGUCCCAUUGUGCGCUCUGAGCCCUACGAGCCAAACUUUGUCGGCGACACGACGAUGCUCGAAGCAGAGGCAACGACGGGCGGUCACCUGAGAUUGCGUCUUCUUUCCCAUUUGCCGGGCAACAAAGCCUCCUUCUUACUUGGCAAUGUUGCCGAGACGAUCAAGGCCUUUCUUGAACAGCCUCAAGUCCUUAUCGGUCAUAUCAUCGCCACCUCAACAGAAGAAGUCGAGUUCCUGGACUCUCUGUCUAGGGUCCGUCCCACAGAGCCUGGCCUAACCGCCUUGACUUUGGUCAAUCGAAUGAUCGCGCAGUAUCCUGAAAAGAUGGCUCUGCAGGGCUUGUCUUCCGACCUGAAGUACAAGACGGCGAUGUCCUACAGACAGUUCGACAACGCCGUGGUCAACUUGGCGCGGCAUCUUGUAGCCAAAGGCGUCAGGACCGGCGAUAUUAUUCCCAUAUGCAUGCGCAAGUCUAUCAACACUCUUGUUGCCGUUUUCGGUGUCCUCAAAGCCGGUGCUGCCUUCACCCCACUCGAUCCCAAGAACCCCCGAGACAGAAAUGAGUUCAUUGCGCGGGACGUUGGUGCUACCAUCGCCAUCACCGAUAGCGUGCACGCUGAGGUGUUUGACUCGUUUGCUGGCGACGUGAUCAACCUUGACACAGUGGACACAACCCGCCAUGUGAACAGGCCAUCUGAUCUGCCCGAGCCUUCUAUGAACGAUCUGGCCUAUGUCAUCUACACAAGCGGCUCGACUGGCCUGCCUAAGGGUGUGCAGGUGCACCACGGCGCCGUCGGGGCAUCGACUGAAGGCAUGAUUGAGGCUUGUGGUAUCGACAGCCGCUGGCAUGUUCUCUGGUUCCUCAACUAUGUUUUCGACGCAUCCUACUUCGAUGUCUUCACCGUCCUCGGUUCUGGCGGUAUCAUCUCCAUUACGGACCAGGACACAUUGAUGCAGGAUCUUGCAGCUUGUGUCAAUGCUGUUGGGGCUGAGCAGUUGAUGAUCACGCCCACCAUCUCCAAGCUUAUCUCCCCUGAACGGGUGCCAACUCUGACGACAUUGCUUGUUUGUGGUGAGCCCAUCACACCCGAGAUUGCGAGUGUCUGGGCGACUCGGAUGGAUGUGUACAAUGGCUAUGGCCCAACCGAAGCUACGAUACUCAUGACUGUUUCCAAAGUUUUGCCCAACGGCAAUCUGAAGAGCAUCGGUCGCCCGUUGAAAGCUGUGCACGCGUCUAUCCUGCACCCAGAGUUGCUAGUUCCCGUCCCGCAUGGGACUGUUGGUGAACUUUGCGUCAGCGGAGACCAGGUUGCAAUUGGGUAUCUGAACCGCCCCGACAUCACGGCCAAGUCCUUUUUGACUGCAGAGGAUGGUUCGGUUCUCUACCGCACCGGCGACUACGCUCGCUGGCUACCGAAUGGGGAGAUUGAGUGCUUGGGCCGGAGAGACAACCAAGUCAAGCUGAACGGCUUUCGCAUCGAGCUCGGCGAGAUCGAAAACACCAUCUUGAGCCAGGCUGCCGAUGUGGUGCAGCUGUGUGUUGUUGGAGUGGCGGAAGUUCAGCGCAAGAAGCAGAUCGUGGUGUACUUUGUGCCCGUUGAGAAGCCAGACAAGGAAGCCGAGAGCAGUGGCAUCUAUUCGACUGCCGUCGUCGAUCCCGCCGUGAUCCUUGAUCGACUCCAGUCUCUGGCUCACUACAUGAUGCCCAAGGUCUUGCUCCCCUUCAAGGGUUUCCCUCUCCUCCCGUCAGGCAAGAUCAACAGAAAGCUGCUUGCUCAGCUUGCUGAAGGUUUGGACCCCAAGGCACUAGCCGGUUACUCGACGACAAUGCCCACGACGAAUGGGCAACUCAUUGACGACUCAGAGUUGACCGAACAAGAGAAGACGCUCCGUGAUGCUUGGGCGGAGUUAUUCGACGUCGAACCAGAGAGUAUCAGCCUGAGUGCACUCUUUUACAACUACGGUGGUGAUUCCAUCGCUGCUAUCAAUCUCGCCAGCAUGCUCCGUCAGCAAGGCUUCUCUCUGUCCGUCAACGAUGUUGUCACCUAUCCUUCUCUUCAGGAGCAAGCUCAGCGCGUUAAGCCAAUCAUGGCGGACUUGGCACUCGAUCAGGGGGUGGAGCUUGAGGUGAAGCAAGUGGUUCGAGACAGGCUGCGAGCUUCUGGCCUGUCGGAUGAUGAUGUGGAAGACAUCUACCACUGCGGCCCGGGUCAGGUGGAGUUCCUGACACAGGGUCACAGCGAAGAGCAGUUUUGGAUGUUGAUGACAGUGCGGCGUCUUCCAGUUGGUUUCAACCUUGAGCGGUGGAUCAACCUGACAGAAAAGCUCACGCAAGCUAACCAGAUUUUGCGCGCCAUGUACAUGAAGCAAGACGAAUCAGACCCUCUCAGUUGGGUGCAGAUUAUCUUGAGGAAGCCCAUCUUGGACUUGGAAGUGGUUGACUGUCCUACCCCUGAUGGCGAGGAGAAGGAGAGACUCGUUCGCAGACACUGGGACCAACGAUUCUCCGUCGGCCGCCCGUUUGUGCGCUACCUUGUACUCCGAUACCCUGACGGCACGAUGGACCUAGUCACCAAACUCGACCACGCCAUGUAUGACGGGACUUUGCUCCGCAUCUUCGACGACCAAUUCGCCGCCUUACGCGAUGGUCAUCCCAUGCCCGUCUCGCCUACUUCGUUCAAGACAUUUGUGGAGUAUACCAACCUGCCGAGCCUUCGGGAGCCAAUGCUCAACUUUUGGAAGUCGACCCUGUCCGGCAAUAGGUUCUCCUUCCCCGCGCACAUUUCCGACCCCAAGGUUAGUGGUGUCGUUGUCGCCAAGACCGGUCUCCCUGUCAAUGCCUACGCGCAGUCUGCCGGCGUGACGGCCAGCAUUGUCUUCCAGGCUGCUUACACUCUCCUCCUUGCUCGCCUCUCCAAGUCCUCCUCCCCAGAUGUGACGUACGACUAUCUCUUGACCGGUCGAAACGUUGACCUUGACGACCCCCAGCUUAUCCCGGGGACAUGCGCCAACUUUUUGCCCUUCCGCGCGCAGAUGGACAACUCAACAGGCGUGCAAACACUGCUGAAGGAGACGCAAUCUGGGUUCUGGGCCAUGACGGAGAACGGGUCUGUUUCACUGGGGGACAUCUACAAGCAUGCCGAGGCGGAGCGAGCCAAGACGCUGUUUUUGUUCCAGCCGUUUGAACCCGCGCCGGGAGAGCAGGAUCACAUGAGGUGGAUCGUCAUGGCUAUGAGCAAGGUGACGAUGUAUGUGAAUUAUGCGAUCAUGUUUGAGGUUUUUAGGGAUGGGAAUGGGGGGCAUAGGCUCAAGAUGGGGUAUGAUGGACGGUUGUUUGGGAAGGAAGAGGCGGAGCGGGUGCUGGAGGCGUAUUUGGGGAUUGUGGGGGAUAUCAUUGAGGGGGGCAAGGGGGUGGUGGGGGAGUUUCUUGGUUAAGGAUUAGGAUGUUUUGCUGGUUGUAAGUUGGAUUUGUAUAUCGUAGGUUUGGUUGGUCCUUGGAUAUUGAUUUCGGUUUUCUGCUUUUACCUGUUGCAAUGAAUAGUGCAUUCUUUUACGACGAUCUUUUCUUGUUUGGCUGGUGGUGUGUGAAGUGUUGGCAGUCCGUCUUCAAUGCAGACAUAUUUGAUCUGCGAUUGUGUCCUAGUUGUCGAGUGUGAAAUCGCAGGAGAGCCCCGAUGAUCCUACCUCUAAUGCGGAAGGCCAACUGACCGCUGAUUGUUGAGCAAUGCUGCG